AUGCUGGUGUGCGUCAACGCCGACAGGACAUGUGAGGGCAAAGCCCGAGGUUUGGUAGGGGAGGGCCAGUACCUGUACCUAGGACAGGGUGGGGUGGGGUCAGCCGUGGGUGUACUCUUUUUCUUUUUUUCUUUACUCCUACAGCUGCAUUGGAGAAAAGAGAUCGAACUCCUGUCAGACCUUGCAUACUGUGGUUUAACCACUUUCUCAGCUAGGGUACUAGAGGGCGAAGAGUAUGUCAAUAUCAUCCAGGUGGACCCCACCCUGUGCAGGGUACCGUCCCGUGCCAGACAAGGAGCCCAGGUGUUCCUCCAUAGCCUGUUUCCCUACCUGCUGGAUAAGUUGCUGGUGUGCCUGGAGAAUGAGCGAGGAAAGCCAGGGAGGGGGAGGCCGGAGAGCAGAAGUGGCCAGUCCCUGAAGCCAUGGAGCCUGGAUCAGAGGGUGGUGGGGCAGCUCACGGAGCCCCAGAGGAGGGUGUGCGUGCUGGUCUUGUUGGCCCUCUAGCAGGGACUCUCCAUCAUCCACCGGUUGCACGUGGCCCUGUUUUACAUCAGCAGGGCCUUCUACCACCUGGGGAAGAGGACGGCCGGCAUCAGCUAUGUGGGUAUUUGUUUGUGUCAGGAGAGGAGGCACUCGACCUCUACCCCAUGUGGCCACUUGUUCUGCUGGGAAUGCAUCACAGAGUGGUGUAACACCAAGACAGUGCCCUUUGUGUCGUGA